AUGAUUUCGACAUCGUCUGAUCUGAUGGCGUUGGCACAGCAGACGACCGUGAAGAAAGGCGCUCGACGGCGCGGCGACAGAGGCGGAGAUCCCACCUGUGUGUUCGUGGACGGCAUAUCCGGCAGCUCCAAAGGUGGCGGGAUGAUUGGCGUUGGCGGCAGAACUGUAGGUUGCCGGCGGGAGGGGCAGUGGGUAGCCGGCGAGAAGAGCGGCAACUGUGGCGGUGUGCGUCAGUGUGUGUAUACCGACGGCGGCACUCCAGCCCACAGCCACCGCCCUGUCACAUCCAACCUCACCCAGCGCCGCCAAACCAUCGCCCGAUUCUGCCGCCCACCAGUCGGUUUGUCAUCAUCACCACCUUCAUUCGUCGGUGAAUUUUCCUCUUCUGCUCUGCUGACGGAUCGUAUCCGGCCGUCACGCUCCUCAUAUUUCCAACCUCGAAAGAAUGAUGGAGAAGCAACUGAAGGGUCGGACGAACUUGACCUGUAUUUCUAA